CAUUCCAGAGAUUUCGCAGCAGAGUCCCAAACGCACCAGAGCAGUUUGUCCUGUCCACAUCGGCAGUACGUGACAGUACCGGUGUUUCCUGAUCUACAGAGGUUCUUCAUAUCGGACGUCCUGUCUGAGCCACUACCAUGGUGUGCAUUCCCUGCAUUGUGAUUCCUGUCCUGUUGUGGGUCUACAAGAGGUUCCUAGAGCCAUUCCUCUACCCUUUCAUUUCACCCAUCAUUAAUACAUUCUGGACAAAAAAGGCAGUCCAGGAGACUGGGACCAAUGACCAAAAAGUUAGUGAAAAGAGUAACGGGACAUACAAGCCUGAAAGCAACGGUGUGGCGAUGGCUAAUGGAUCAACUAUAGCAGCAGACAAGAAGACGGAUUGACGGCUCAAAAUGUUCUAAUGCAUCAGAAACAGUGUAAAUAUUCCAUUCAUAUAGUAUAGAGACGCUAUAAAUUAACUUAUCAACCCUCUUUGAAUGGAUCGGUUUUAAUAACCUUCCAAAUUUGUUUGAAGCUUGUGUUUAAAUUUUUCAUUCAUAAUGUUAAUAUAUUUUCCUCAUUAAUGAUGAAUUGACUAAUUGAUUUGCUGUAUUGAAUAUUGAGUCUUAAUGUAAUAGUUUUUCUAAGUCAAACUUGCAGUUUAAUUAAUGAAUAAAAAAAACCCCUUCAGAUACAAAA